CGAAAUAAAAGAAGAGAUGAGUCACUGCGCGUGCUGCACGUGCCUUCGCGCCCCCCGAGCGUCCCAGUAAUUUCUAGCGUCAAACGGCGGCUUUUGAGUCGAAUGCUCGGCUGAAAUCCUCAUCUCACCUGGCGGUCAAACGGGGGUCUUGUAAAUAUGGCGGCCGGGUUUGAAGGAGUUGUUUUAUCCAGCCUGUCCGAUACCGGUGAAAUCACGCAGAAGUUUCCCCUCCCGCUGCUUCUGACAGUCGCCGACGAGUCGGAGAAUUUAAUCGUCAAGUUCAAAAAGCGAGACAGCAAUGGGCCGGAGGGAGUGCACGAGGUGGAGGUUUUCAAGGACACGGACACGGCCCGCGUGGGGAAGCGAGCCUACGUAAUUACUCAUGGCAAGGGCACCCUCUUGCUACAGUUCCCCACGUGCGAAGAGGUGCUGCGGUUCCACGGGAUCGUGGACAAGUUCAAGAGCGGCCACAUUUCGUCCAUAUUUGCUCAGAGGACGGACGAGGCCUCGGCAACGCAGUACUUCCAGUUCUACGGAUACCUGUCCCAGCAGCAGAACAUGAUGCAAGACUACAUCCGAACCUCCACCUAUCAGCGGGCCAUACUCAACAACAUGGAGGACUUCAAGGACAAGGUCAUCCUGGACGUGGGUGCCGGCUCGGGCAUCCUCUCCUUCUUUGCGGUCCAGGCCGGAGCCCGCAAGGUGUUUGCAGUCGAAGCCAGCUCCAUGGCAAAGCACGCGGAGUGCCUGGUGUACCAUAACAAGGCCUCGGACAAGGUGGUGGUGGUGCCAGGCAAGAUCGAGGAGAUUACGCUGCCCGAGCCCGUGGACGUCAUCAUCUCGGAGCCCAUGGGCUACAUGCUGUUCAACGAGCGCAUGCUCGAGACCUACCUUCACGCCAAGAAGUGGCUCAAGCCCAGGGGCAAGAUGUUCCCGACGAGGGGGGACCUGCACAUUGCCCCUUUCUCGGACACCUGCCUGUACAUGGAGCAGCUCAACAAGGCCAACUUCUGGUACCAGCAGUCUUUCCAUGGUGUGGACCUUUCGAGCUUGAGGGACGCCGCAGUGAAGGAGUACUUCAGGCAACCAAUUGUGGACACAUUUGACGUGCGCAUCUGCAUGGCCAAGUCGCUACGCCACACGGUGGACUUCGAGAGCUCGACGGAGUCGGACCUGCACUGCAUCAAGAUCCCUCUGCACUUCACCCUGCUCCAGUCCGGGGAGCUGCAUGGGCUCGCCUUCUGGUUCGACGUCGCCUUCGUCGGAUCUGUGCAAACAGUGUGGCUGUCGACGUCGCCGACGCAGCCGCUGACCCACUGGUACCAGGUGCGCUGCCUACUGGAGAGCCCGCUGUUUGUGCAGCGGGGCCAGACCCUGGGGGGCCGGGUGGUGCUGCGCUCGAACCGGCGCCAGAGCUACGACGUGGACCUGGAGCUGGAGCUGGAGGGAGGGGCCCGGGCGUGCAACAGCCUGGACCUCAAGAACCCCUUCUUCCGCUACACGGGACAGCCCCCGCAGCCGCCCCCCGGCUACAACGAGACCUCCCCCAGUGAGGCGUACUGGGCGGCCCUCGACGCCAACGCGGUGGGUGCGGACAACGGAGCUGGCGGCCAGCUCAUGAUGAACGGGGUCCCGCUGAUGAACGGCUCGGGCGUGGUGGAGAUGCACCAGGUGGCGCCACAGGCGCAGCACCAGCCGCUUGGAGUGCACCUCUCAAACGUGGUCUCCCUAGGGUCCUUGCCAAGCCCCGGUACGCUAAACUCGACAAAGACAGUGAACUCUCGAGCCCAGUCCGUGCCCACAAGCUCCAUUGGUGGAGGCAUCUCGCCAGCCUUAUUCAAUCAGCAGCAAGUCCUUCUGAGCAACGCAUCUCAGUUCCCUGUAAAUAGCAGCCUGAUGAUCGGGGACUAUGUGACGCCGGGCAACAUCCUCAUGCCCACGGCCGGCCUGGGCAGUGCGUACAAGAACUGAGGAGGAUGCUCCAGGCGCCGCCACCCCACGAGUGCCGUGCUCCGACGAACCGUUUGUCGUGGGGAAGGGAAAAAAAGAACUGACGAUUAGGGGGGUGGGCGUCGAUCGGCCCGUUGGCGGCUCGUCUCGACUGUAAGCUUAGCUGUCUGUAUCAUAAAAACCCAAAAUUGCCUCCUUUCCCCCCACUACGAAAAAAAAAAAAAUUGUUUCUCGGCGCGUUUGGGGGAUGGGGUUUCGGCGUCGCCGGCAGCUUUGGACCGUGGUGCUCGGAUUCAAUCGCCCAAGGUUCUUUUUCUUUGUGUAACGGUUUCGCCGUGUACGUUCGUGCCGCAUCUGCGACCCGGCGUCGCCUCGUCGUGUUAGAACUGUACCCUAGGCACGCCCGCUGCGCCGGACGACGUUUCUCGGCGCGACUCUCGAGGAGCACGCUCGGUGACGGAUUUGAAAUGCAGCAGUUGUUCCACUUCUGGCGCGAGCUGUCCGACAACGCUUCGUCGCGUGUGCAGCCAGAUCCCAGUGGACGGUAACGAGCCUGUGCCGGAGGCGGAGCUGCCGCUCCGUUCUUGGCCCGUCGCGGACUGCCGACGGCUCCGCGUUUGGAGCGUUGGGCAACCUCAAUUAGCGAGCACCGCAAGAUCGGGAAACAGUUUGGGCAACGGGUUUUCGUUGGAGUUCUUUUUUUCUUUUUCUGAAGAUGCUGCUCACUGUUGAUGUUUUAACUGUUUCCUUUUUUUUUUAGCUCCCAUAGAAGAGACUGAAGGAACCGGGCGAGCGUGUUUCCCGUUUGGGGAACGUUGGCUCCUCAGUUAUUUGCUUAAGUGUCUGUCUGGCUUAGGGGCGGGGGUCGGGUCCCUUGUUUUAAGGGGGUCCGGCCCCCCCGCAUGCGUGUGUAGGCUCGUGCGUGUCCCGUUCCGUACCCCCGGCUCUCCCCGGCCACGUUUGUGCCCAUCCCAUGGGGACGAGGCUGUGGAAAUCAAGAAAUUAUUUUAAUGUCUCCUUUUAGUUUACCAUUGGGCCGUCGGAGCUAAACUCGUUUCUCACCCUCGAAGACUCCCUUCGGGGCAUUCGGCCUAACCCUAGAGCGACGUAGCGCAAUCUUAUCGUCGCCUUGUCGUGCUUAAAUACGGUGGUUCUUUUUUUUUUUUUUUUUUCUCCCCUCUAAGGUCCGGCGGAGACCAUUUUGAGUGGAAUGUGCGGGUUUUGUUUUGUAAAUAGCAAAAUAGACAUCUAACGAGCCAGAAGUUGAUUUGCCAAUGUAUUUGAGCUCGUAAUGUGCGUAUUCGAGAAUGGAAUGUAACGUUUCUUCGGACACAAAAUGACCGUGUACACCCGAGGAAGCUGUGGGGUGUAAAAUCCACGUUUCGAAAUUUGAGCUCGACCAGGAACUCUUUGGUUUCGGAAAAUUCUUCAGAACUAAGUUGUGCAGUUUGUCCGCCCCUUUUUUGCACGAUCCGUGAGGGAAGGUGCAGUAACACAUUUUGGGGAGCGAAAUUUUGCAUUUGGGGAAGUAAAUUGGUUGAUUAACCUUGCGUGCUAUUGAUCUGCAGUAACGGUUCGAUAAGCCGAAAACUGAAAUUUCGGCAAAACUCGUCAUGUACAGUGGCUCGGAUAGCUUGGAAGGAGCUUGUCAACAAACCGCUCUUCAUUAGCUUUGUUUUUCUUCGAUUUGUUCAAAAAGUUAAAAAAUUAUUUGUAGCCGUGGACCGCCGUCGGACCAAAGUUUUCUUUCUCGUGUCGAAUUUGUGGUUAGGGUUGUGAUGAGUGCAUAAACUUUUUUUUUUUCUCGAAAGUGACAAAAAUGAAUAAAGAAAUGUGAACCUGGAAAA